GCUGGACUGCAUCAGUCACUAUAACAGUACAUCCUGGUACUCAGUCAGGCGAGUCUGCUUUUGACCCAAUUUCAACGUGGUUUUAUUUCCUGCACGUUUAACACAACCGCCAAAUCAACCUCUCGAUUGACAUCCUAUAUUUAGAAUCAUCCACACACCAGCCGCAGGCUCCAAGCAGCUCGAGUGGACAGUGUUCUGCUAUAAACCGCAUCCUUUGGGGAAACCCCCAUGGACACUCAUCGGAUCACACGCCAGCAACCGAUUAUUGAUCAAAGGUUAUCUACCAAUUGCCAAACGUGCAUUAUCACAAUCGUUGAAGGAAUAAUUGUAUUCAAUGUAUAUCAGUAUCAAGGGCAUCGUUAACAUCUGCCUCGUGUGAGCUCCAUUGAUGCCACUGUAGUCAAGCAUUGGAAAGUCAGUUGAACGACUGGAUAUUGUCCACAGAUUGUGGAUGUUGUAUUCAGGUGAAACAUUGGAUAUCGUAUUCUGAUGAAACAUUGGAUGUCGUUUUCUGAUGAAACAUUGGAUAUUGUAUUCUGAUGAAACAUUGGAUAUCGUAUUCAGGUGAAACAUUGGAUGUCGUAUUCUGUUGAAACAUUGGAUGUCGUUUUCAGGUGAAACAUUGGAUAUCGCAUUCUGAUGAAACAUUGGAUGUCGUUUUCAGGUGAAACAUUGGAUAUCGCAUUCUGAUGUAACAUUGGAUUUCGUAUUCUGAUGAAACAUUGGCCAUCGUGCUGAUAUGAAACAUCAUCUGAUAUCGUAUACAGGUGAACAAUUAAAUAUGUUAUACACAUAUUUCAACUAAGGUUAUUCAAUGCAUCACGAAAAUAGGAGACGCUAGAAGUCACGUAUUCGGUGGUUUCCUAAGUGCACAUUGGGCGGUGUUCACACAAAGACGACUGUCAAGUCAGCAAUUAUUCGAUGCACUUUAACAUAUAGUUUUAUAUAAUAUUAUUUAUAAGUUUCAUAAAGAUUCCGACUGUUAGGUCAUAUUGUGAUAAAUGGUGACGUGCUGUGACGCACGUGUUUAAAGAAGCAGUACGUUCUGUAUGACCACAGGAACAUCCUACAAUGCACUGUCUCUGAGGGUCGGCUCCUAAACGUUAUAGGUGUCUGAAAAACGUAACCACACUUUAAGAAACUGCAUUACCUACAACAAUUUGCACUGAUGUAAUUCAACGUAUACGUAUCAACGUGCAAUUAAUUCGAAAUUACCCAUUUUCCUGGUCUUAUUUCGAUGGACGUGUACUGAAGUCUUGUUGCCAGCCUGGUGGUCGAAACAUGGUCAAAUCUUCCAAAGUCUUCGUGGAGAAAGGUUUAUAACGCCAAGUUGUGAUUCACUGACGUGGAUAUUUCUAACUGUCUUGCUGGAAAGCGAUAGAACAUUCCGAGGACACGUAACAUUAUAUUUGUGUCGGUAUUUGUGUUUAAGAUUUUUCUCAUAUUUUCAGUUUGUCAAGCUCAAUUUUUCCGAUAUCAGUGUGAGACUUGGGAUUAACCAUGUGGCUUGGGGACUGUUUUGUGAGAUGCUGUGGAGUCCUUAACGGCGUCCCAGCUCGAAUCUUUUGCAUUCUGCUUCUACUCACCCAAGGAGGGAUACUGGAUUAUUUCCUUGUCAAACAUCAGACACAGGCAAGCUGGGCAUGGCUAGCAUUCGACCUUGUCAACGUUUGCAUCUUCAUCGCCUCCUUCAUCAUCUCACGACGACACCUGUUACUACAGAAAGCGGGGGACGAGCGUACUAGAGCGUUCACGCUGGGCUGGUUCGCCUGGCUUGUAUACUCGGUAAGCCUGGUAGCAAGGAUGGCCAUUUCUUUCAACAAAUUCUCCUUCAGGUUAAGCGAAAAGGGCUUCUUUGGCCCGAACACGUUAAAGACCUCCCUAGCCUUGGCAGCGUGUGUCUUCAUCUUGCUGUUGAUGUCUCACCACGACGCUCCUCCUGGUAGCGAACGGAGACGAUACAUUGAAGACCUUACUGGAACCGUCGUCUUCGACGUCUUGGACACCGUAGAUGUCUUAGAGGUGAUGUUUGACAAAGGAUCAAGGGACAUGUUCCUUCCAGGACUCCAACAAACCGUUUUAGCCGUGGCGGGUCUGAACCUCGUCAUUCCAACAGUCCCUUUGAUCACACUCAGCCUAACCAACUUUGGGUAUAAAAAGAUGCCAAAACGUCUCGUGGCAAUGCACAAGCUACUUGUGGUGCUGGUGGUGAAUGUUCCCAAUCUGCUCGUUCGGUUGGUUCUCUGGCACGGGUUCAGUGUGGGAAUCUCGCCAUUCAUGCUUAAAAACAUCAUCCUCAUCUGCAUUACCAUGUACGAGUUUUACGAACACAAGAAGAUGAAGUACGAUGAACACGCCGAACAGAUUGAAAUGAGGAACAAAGGUGCUCCGGAAUCUGCGGUUGCUGCAGUAAUAUCUGGACACAAUGGCAUAACAGAAUUCACUAUGCAGGAAAGAAUUUAGAUCUGGUAUGACAUUAUACAUUACUAUCUGAAAUCGCCGUGAACAAACCGAUUCAAUACCUGUCUGUCCUGUCAAUGUGCAUAUGGUAAGGAUUAUUAACAUUCGGAAGGUGAGUGUGAGUAGGCUCAAAGACAUUCACCUGUCGUAAUAUUCUUUUGUAGAAAAUGUUUGCUAGUGUAUAUCUAUACUGGACAAAGAAGGUUAGGGAUCAUGAACACUCGUGGGCAUAUUUUUUGUAGCGAAGAUGGAUUCAUUACACAAUGUCAUAAAAAUAUCCUCCCAAAUAUGCAUGAUCCCUUACUUUUUUGUUCAAUAUAUAGGAAAGAAUAUAUCACUAUAGACAUAAAUAUAUAACAAGCGAGCCAGUUUAGUUACACUGGGGUUCGAUUUCCAAUUUCCUGUCUAUCCUUUAUAGCACGGGGUCCAAUGUUAGACCUGUCACUUUAACUGAAAGACGUGCCAAACCUUCAAGAUAUGCUUUCACAGUCAUGGAAAGAUACUAGUAACUGUCUAUGAAGGUUCGAUUUUCCCGUGCAACAUUUCUCCACAAUCACGGAUACAACUCUUUUUGAACUGGCACUUCGCGUUAAGUAAUCCUGUAAUUUUGUGGAAAAUAUUUACCAACUUAAUUAGUCAAAGAGUUUACUCAACUAGCAAAUCCCCGAAUAUAUUAAUGUAGUGUAUGCUUGCAAACAUGCUGAAUGAGAAGAUGUUUUCCUGAGUUUUCGGACAGGGCAAGUCGAGUAUUGGUGAUAUUGUAUCUGCUUGUUUCAGUCAGGGAAGAACAUUGUGAUAUACUGGAUAGCUAAUUUUAGCAUCGUGUCAUUCGAAUCGGACUCAGUACGAGGUUGUGCUGGGGAAUGGGCCCAGGGUAUUUCUCAUCAUAGAAAGGAGAUCCAACAUAUAUAAAUGUUUUAUAUUUUUUUCUGAAGCAACUGUACAGUGAACUUGAUCUUCUCGCAAGACAAGUGCUUCCGGUAAGCUCUGAUUUGCUCACCAGCCUCAUGACUAUUCAUGUUUUGAACGUAGAAAUAUGUUGGCGUCGAAGUCGGUGUAUUAGUGAACCCUUUUCACCUUUUGUCUUGUUCCUUUUAUCAUAAAUAAUAGCUGACCUAUUCCUGUGUUUAUGAAUCAUAAAUGUAUGGAUGUGUCGUUGGAGAUGACACCCUAUAACAAAUGGAUGUUAAAUGACACAUUUGGCUUGUCCCACUUCUUGACACCAGGUGCCUAUAUUCCCUUAAACGGCGUAUUGUCAGGCAUUUGUUACCAAUCCAUUAGUGUCAGAUAAUAUUAUAUUAAUUUCGAUUUUCGUUAUUAUAUAUAUAUAUAUUAUUGUCAUUUUAGAUAGAAAAUGAAGAAAAAUGUAUGAAAAUGUCUAGCCGAGGAAACAGUGCUGUCAGCCUACUUUUCAAUCUUAGCGCUAAGGUGAUCGUAACUCCCAUACUUUAACAUAGGCUUACGACAGUCGUAGCGCUAACAUCGCUUUGUGCAACGGGGCCCCGGGUGACGUAAUGUUAUCACUUUGUGAUGGCUGACGUCAAGUUGCAUUAUUCUCAACAAUGAAACAUAUUGCUGGAGCUGACUAAAAUGAGCUUGAGCCAAUCACGAAAAGGUAUUACGCCCCGUCUCUCUACCCGUUUGCACUUUCCUACCCAGAGUUCCAUGCGGCAAGCCUAGUACCUCUCCAUUGGCCAGCGAGAAGUGACGAUUCGUCACAUCUUUACAGUUCAUUCAACAAGCUGCCCGUUUUUCAUGUUUCAUGUUUGAAAACUCAAGACAUUUAGAUAAACAUAACAUACUAGUAAUCAGGUGAACGUUUAUUGAAACAAUAUCCUAAAUGAAAAAUAGUUCCUUUUGCGUAUGUAUCCUUUGGUUACAUUGGUUGAAGGGCUCCACGUGCAGAUUCCGAAGCCCAAUGGAGAGGUAGCGAUUCCGUGACUUUAGUAAAUCAGAUAUUAUCCUGCUCCUCACAAUUACAUAUAUAGACGCUUAUCUAUAUAAUUAUGCAAAACAAUAUGUAAAUUGUACUAAAGUUUGCAUUAGGCUAGUGUUAUCUAAUUUAAGAAUAUUACUUUUGUUAACACACAUUAGAAAAGUCAGUCUACGUGACAUGCAAGCAGUUCGUGGCAGUGGUGUGGUUCUAUGUCAUCACUGCGCCGGCUGUCCGCGCUUCUUACGGUGGAUAGAACGGCGCCUAGAAGUACAAACCAACAACUCUAAUGACAACCAAUCGUUUUAAUGUCAUUGGCCAUGAUGACGUUAUUUCCGGUUGUUCCCAAACAUGCAGCAACAUGACAUGUACCCAGUUAUCUGACAGCUUCUCGCGAUCAUUCUAACCAGGUAUAAGUGUGCAUGAAAAUAACAAUGUAACAGUUUCUUAUUUCACUACUUUUACUGUACCGAACCAACAACUGUCUAUUCAGCUGAAGGGGCACGGGUGGCCCAGUCGUCUAAGGCGCUGCGAUUCGCUGUGCAGAGUUGCGUCCCUUGGGCACGCCAGAAACCUACGAUUCUGGGUUCGAAUCCUGGUUCGCCCCAAUUAUGUUUCUAGGUUUGUCAGCACCAUACCCGUGCUCGUGGGUUUCAUCGAAGUGGUAAACGUCUGAGACCUGCAUCACUUCGGGCUUUCCUACCACAUUAUGCUGACACGCCGCGAUAUCACUGAAAUACUGUUAAAAGCGACGUUAAACCCAACUCACUCACUCACUCACUAUUCAGCUGAUUACUGGAGCACCCCCAACCAUACCUGUCCCACCGUAGGUGAAUGAGUGAAUACUAACAAUGCUGCUCAAGGCGAAUGACUAUGGAAGUCCUAUAUGUUCGUUGUUCAAAGCCGUGCUCAAUAUUUCAGCUGGCUUGUCUGGUCCAGACUCGAUUAUUUACAGACCACCGUCAUGCAGCAGGAAUGAGUAUGACGUUAAACAUCAAACUCUAAAGACGUCGCUAACAGUAAUUGGCCAGGGAGCAGCGUUUCCGGUGUAGCGGAGCCCCGACAACCGAGGUUGUACCGUUUACGGUAUCAUUACCAUAAAUCCAUAAAUCCUAUCCUUACUUGGUACCAUUGCCAAUUAUAUUUUUCCUUUUACUUGAACAUCAUUCAGAACCCCCAUCCCUAAGUUAAACCUUUAGUUUGAUUGUAAAUCAUGUAUUAAUUGUGUAGCUUUAAAUAAUAAUUUAUCAUUUACAGUGACCUUCCAUAUAUCUUAGACGUUUCCGGGCCGGUGGGGUAACCUAGUGGUUAAAGCGGGUUCGAUUCCCCACAUGGGUACAAUGUGUGAAGCCUAUUUCUGGCGUCCCUCGCCGUGAUGUUGCUGGAAUAUUGCUUAAAGCGGCGUAAAACCAUACUUACUCACUCACUCUUAGACGUUUCCAGCUGCCUGGCUUUGUGGGUAAUGAACUGGAAGUUUUAGGUUGCUAUUACAGUUACGCCAUCAUGGCGGAUGAUAAUUCUGUAAUCAGAGCAUGACGUGUAUUACAUCAGUAUUAUCAUCCAUUAACUCUUCCGUGUAACAUGUGUGCCAAAUGCAAAUAUUGUCGAAAAUAGCUCCACUAGAAAUGAUGGAGACACCACAUUAAGACGAGAUGUUUGGUUGUUUUUAGUUGUUUUUGUUUUUUGGGUUAUUGUUUUUGGGUUAACGGAAUUUGGGCCCAAAAGAGUUUGUUUUCUAAAAGCCACUUUUUUGCCAUAUACAAAUGAAGCGUAAAAUACAAUAUCGAUCAUAUCAUGAAACUAAUGAAAUCUUUGGCUUGCAAUAAUAUAUUCAUGGACUGCUCUAAAAGAACGCCAUUUACACUUUCUUAAACAUUCACAUUACCAAAUAAAAUUGUAUUCAUUUUAAAGCAGUGAAAAGCAUUUUCACUUUCUGAAACACAAUUGCAUGACUGGGUGUCACUAAGAUUUACACGAAAAAAUUAAGAUUUCUGCGAAUUCUAUCGAUCCCAUAGCCAAGGAUGCAGAAUAUAUAUUUGUGGGUCACCCUGUUGUGUGAAUCGACUGCCGCAAAAUGUUCUAGAUACUGCCUUCAUGUUUAUGCCACCGCCAUGACUCAUGUCAUGCUUUAGAUACAUGUAUCUUAGUUAUAUUUUUAUACUCACAAGGAAAUCACUUUUGCUUUCCCAAAUUUGUUUUAUAUGUAGACAGAGAUGAGACUUGUACCCGACAGGUUGAAGAAUACAGAUUGUAGUAUGGAA